CGGAGGCCACUGUUUACAAGCAGCGGGGAAAAAGAAAUCCAAGACCCGUGCACAUUUUGUACUAUUUCACUUUGGGUUUAUACGCUUCUACUGCUGCUUCAUACGCGGAAAAGUGAUCUUGUGUUUAAAAAAAAAAUCCACUUCUGCAGGCUGGAACUCAAGGCACAUUAUCGUGAAGAUGGGAAAAUACCACUGAACAAGGCUUAUUUCGUGGAUUUGGGAUGAUAGCUUUGUAGCACCCCUGGUUCCUGUAAAGACCCCAAAGAAAGUAUUUGGCACGUGUGCAGUGUCAGUGGAGAAGCAGCUAACCAUGGGUCCCCUUACCACGCCUAAAAAAGGAAGGGAAGUAGGCUCUGUUGAUCCCUGGACGCCGACCUCAAACCUUAAAAUGCUCAUCAGUGCUGCUAGUCCUGACAUCAGGAACCGAGAGAAGGAGCUGUGCAUGGACAAUGAUGGGCGGGAUGGUCUUGACUCUAUACAGGACACUGAAAAUGGAGAAGAGUCAGAGAAAAUGAUCAGCAGGAAAGAAAAGAGUCUGGGUUUGCUCUGUCACAAGUUCCUCGCCCGCUACCCAGAUUACCCAAACCCCGCCCUCAACAACGACAUCUGCCUGGAUGACGUGGCCACUGAGCUCAAUGUGGAGCGCCGGCGCAUCUACGACAUCAUGAACGUGCUGGAGAGCCUGCACAUGGUCAGCCGCUCUGCGAAGAACCGCUACACGUGGCACGGCCGCUCCAAGCUGGCUCAGACUCUGGCCAUUUUGAAGCAGGUGGGCGAGGAGCACCGGUACGGUCAGCAGAUGCAGCAGAUCCGGCAGCGCCUCCUGGACAGGGAGUUCGACUUUGACGGCGAAGAGAAGGAGAACGAGGAGGUGGUGGAGUUGGAGAGCGGGGAGCAGGGACAGAAGGAGCUCUUCUUCGUGGAGCUCCCAGGAGUAGAGUUCAAAGCAGCCUCUGUGAACAGUCGGAAGGACAAAUCUCUGCGGGUGAUGAGCCAGAAGUUCGUCAUGCUCUUUCUGGUGUCGAAUCCUCGCGUGGUCAGUCUGGACGUGGCUGCGAAGAUCCUGAUCGGGGAGGACCAGGGUGCAGAUCAAGACAAGAACAAGUUCAAGACCAAAGUGCGCCGGCUCUAUGAUAUAGCGAACGUGCUGCGGAGCCUGAAGCUCAUCGAGAAAGUCCACGUGACAGAAGAGAGGGGGAGGAAACCGGCCUUUGAAUGGGUCGGCCUCGAAGAGUUCCCACAAGUCAAAGACUUGGAGAAAUCCACUUCCGAAUGCCCACCCAAGAAAAAAAAUGUACUGCAGUCACGUGCCACUGUAGACAACUGUGCCAAAAACCUCUUUUCAACACCGGGGGCUAAACGCAGUUUCACCCGGCACCCCUCCCUCAUAAAGCUGGCGAAGAGCAUUCAGGAUGACCGACGCAAGAUCAACUCGGCCCCCAGCAGUCCCAUGAAGAGCGCCCUCAGUGAUUCAUCAAACACAGACUUCCCAAACAAAAUGGCCCAGCUCGCCGCCAUUUGUAAGAUCAAGCUCGACCAGGAGUCUGUAACUAGAGCUGAAGAACCAAAACCUGCUGCUGCCGAGGCGGACGUGGCUGCUGCGAGGCUACAGCCAGUUUCCUCUGAUUCAAUGGAACCGCCUCAGGCACGGUUACAAACUCCAACCCAGGAGCCUGGAGUCAACACUACUGUCCACCUCACCCCACACACCCCACUGGCAGCCCAGCCCGCGGGCUCCAUCGCUUACAUCCCUGCACAGUGUUCCCCCCUCAUCCCUGUCCUGUUACCUCAGCAGCGGGGGAACGGCUCCUACGCCGUGUACUUGCACCCUUCUUCCCUCAGGCCGAACCCUCUGGCCAAGCCGCAGCCGACCAGCCUGGCCGUGCGCUCUAUGACCUUUGAAGAUAAGACAGGGCAGAGCCCAACGGGCCAGUCUGUAGCUAAGAGCCAGCCGGUCUCCAAGGCGACAGACGACAGCCCCUUGAAACUCAAACGGCUGCGUUCAGAUUCAGCCGCAGAGAGCAGCCCCUCCAAAGCCAAGAGGACCGACCCCAACUUUAAGGACACAUCUCCGAAGCUGUGUGAGAUCCUGCAGGCCCGGCUGAAGGCGCGGCGCGGCAAUCAGCUCCCCAGCCGGCCUUCGCCUCGCGCCCUCCACCUAGACCCGGAGUUUGUCAACACCCCUGGUGGAGCUGUAGCCAAUCAGACGCUAGAGCAGAGCCUGGAGACCUUCCUGGACAAAGAGGACAAGAUGGUUAACUCGGACAGUGAGGCGGGAUUAACGCCAGUCAGGGCCAUACCCAUUACACCCGGACAGCUCCACACUGAGACUUUAGUACCGGCCGGAUAUCUGAUCCCCAUCUCCCAGCAGUCCCUCAUCAGCUACAAGGAAACUCAAGGUUCAGGGGGAGAAAGCAACAAGGCCUCGACUCCCACUUACAGCAUCUACCAAACACCAACUGCAGGCUCCAGACCUGCCCCGGCACUGGAGAUUACGCCCACCAGCCUUCGCCGUCACAGACCCGCUGCUGCUGCUGCUGCUGCUGACUCUCCGUGCAUUGCCCAGCAGGCCCACCACCUCCACAGCCCCAGUCCCGCCAUCCUCAACUUCACCCUGCAGAACCUGGGUCUGAUCUCAGGCUCCAGCCCAGGAAAUGCCUUUGCGGCCCCGCAGACACCAGAGCGCGCCAACACCCUGCCCAGCCCGCUGCCAGGUCCGCUGGCUCUGCAGCAGAGAGGCAUGGUUUUCAUCAAACCUAUCUCCCCUGUGCCUGUGCAGCAGUCUGUCUCUGCACAGCCACUGGCCCUGAUCAGCGUACAACAGCCUCUGAUGACCACCCCCAAAGGGACCGGGCUCCCCCAGCACAGCUUCUUCCACACACCAGUCCCCCUCUCGCCUCUAGCUACCGUGGUAACCACCAGCGGACACCAAGGCACCAAAACUGUUUACAUCCCUCAGAGAAAACUGGACGUCACCACCGAGGACUCCUGAAGGAAACCCUCUAAUGUCUGUGUUCAUUAUGUGUGUA